AUGUUGGCGACCCCUAUAUCGCCUACCAGCGACCCCGCCAAUGCGACGGAAAUGAAGGCACAGAGUGCCACGGGGGUUUCCGCGCCCAAUAUGCACGUUAUACAUGAACUUCUCCACGCCUUCAAGGCGACCUUGGGAACACUGGGGUCGACAAUCGAUAUCCUCGGUGAACAACCAGAGAGACUCUCCGAGGUCUCCCAGGCCAUCGACGCCGAACAUCAGAUUCGGGUUGUUCGAGAGCAGGUUGAGCAGCAGCAUGGCGCGCAAGAGGAGGAGAUGCAAAAGGUGAAGAAAUUCGUCAGCGACGAAGUCAAGGCGCAGGUGCGCGACGCCCUCAGGGCUCAAGUCAACAGGAUAGUCAGCGGUAUCGUGCAAAAGGAGAUAACGAAACGGAUACAAGCCCAGGUAAGUGGCUCAUUCGCACUUGAGAUGGAGGCCCGAAGAAUGAAUGCCCUGGUUCCCUCAACUGCCCUCGACGAACCUCUGGGUAAGCUCUUGAGGCCAUCGAGCGCGUCGAGCCGAGGCAUGCAAGGCGCUGCGCAAGGCAGUGACUUCGUCGGGGCCGUGGGCGGCUCAGUUAUAGACCUGCCAACGCCUUCGCCGCUGUUCCCUGCCAACGCAAGCGCGUUGAUAAACCUCAAGCACGACGACCUGCGCAGGCUCUUGCAUGAGUACCAGCUGACCGAGGCGCGACCAAUUGCGCAAGGCAAGCCGAGUCCGGGUCUCCUCAGACAAGAUCUGAAGGAGCAAGACAUAAACACAUUUUUGUCUUUCAUUGGGGUGGGGCCUGACUUGUAG